AGCUGGAGUCUGGCAGAGCAGGAGCAGGAGCAGGCGGACAACACUCCGGCGGCUCCCGCGUUCGUCCCACACUUAGCUAGAGCUGCUCCCCAGGCAGUGGAGGUGAUGAUGGCGGCGGCUGUAGAGAGAGGAGGCGUCCGGGCCGCUUUCCUGAACCCGAGCAGCGGCGGCGGCGGACCGGCACCGACCAGCCUCCCGGCCGGAGCGCUAGCCGGGGCUGUCGUCCUGGGCUCGGGCUCCGGCGGCAUGCCCGUGCCCAUGAACCUCUUCGCCACCUGGGAGAUAGACCGAUCCUCCCCGAGCUGCGUUCCGAGACUCUGCAGUCUCACUCUGAAGAAACUGGUGGUUCUUAAAGAACUGGAUAAAGAACUCAACUCUUUGUCCAUCGCUGUUAAAAUCCAGGGUUCUAAACGUCUGCUGAGGUCCAACGAGUACGUCCUCCCCCCCAGUGGUCUGAUGGAGACAGAUCUGGAGCUGACCUUCUCACUACAGUACCCUCACUUCCUGAAGCGCGAUGCCAACCGGCUGCAGAUCAUGCUGCAGAGGAGGAAACGCUACAAGAACCGGACCAUCCUGGGCUACAAGACGCUGGCCGUGGGCGUCAUCAACAUGGCCGAGGUGAUGCAACACCCGACAGACGGAGGACAGAUACUGGGUCUCCAUAGCAACGUGAAGGAGGCGCCGGUGCGUGUGGCGGAGAUCAGCGUGUACUCUCUAUCCAGCCAACCCAUCGACCACGAGGACGGCAGCGGACAGGCCGGACGCAAGACCAAGACCUCAGAUCGAUCUCCAGACAUGGAUAACUACUCUGAGGAGGACGACGACAGCUACUCGUCAGAGCAGGAGGCCAGUGAUGACGCCGUCCACGGACAGGAUCUUUACGACGAGGAUGAUGAGGUCCGGAAGCCCAAGAAAGCUCGGAGGAAAAUGACCCGGACCACGUCCAUGACCCGGCAACCGAACUUCAAGCAGAAGUUUGUGGCGUUGUUGAAGAGAUUCAAGGUAACGGACGAGGUCCUGGACUCGGACCCGGUGGAUCAGACCCAGGAGGUGGAGGAGGAUCUGGACCUACUCUAUGAUAGUCUGGAGGUGUACAACCAGAGCGACAGCGGCCCUGAGAUGGAGGACAACGAGAGCGUACUGAGCACGCCCAAACCCAAACUAAAGCCGUUCUUUGAAGGAAUGUCUCACUCCAGCUCCCAGACUGAAAUUGGAAGUAUCCACAGCCACAAAAGUCAGCAAAGAGAACUGUCGUGUCCGACCGGAGACUUCCUGACUGUGGACCGAUGUAAAGUCCAAGGGGCUCGGUAUCAGGACGACAGCACCGCAGACGCCACCGUUGGGGAGGCGGAGACUGACGACAGCGGUCCAGGUCUGGGUCCGGGUCCAGGGGAGGUGAGCAGCUGGGACGUCAACACCGAACGGAUCACCAGCACUGUCGGCAAACUCAGCAAGACCGAGUCCCAGAACCACAUGUCCCCCAGUAAAGUGGAGAAUCGGCUACAGAGACGUCCUCGCAGUACAUCCAUGAAGGACAGACAGAACUCCAAGGCCCAGAACGACCGGACCAGCAGCAUGGAGAGUGAAUGUUCUCCAGACUCCAGACUCAUCGCCCAGGUCCCCAGGAAGUCUGUGUAUGACCAGCUGAACCAGAUCCUCAUCUCAGAUGAACGUCUACCAGAGAGCAUCAUCCUCAUCAACACCAUGGAGUGGCAGGGCCAGUAUGUGGCUGACCUCCUCCAUGAACAGGCCCAGCCCAUUGUGUCCACCUGCUCCGCCGCUGACGUUCAAGCCGCCUUCAACACCAUCGUUACUCGCAUCCAGAGAUUCUGUAACUGUAACGCUCAGACGCCUCCGACCAUGAAGGUGGCCGUGGCCGGGGACCAGAGUUACCUCAGCACCGUCCUGAGGUUCUUCGUUGAGCAGCUGGCCAAUAAGACGCCGGAUUGGCUCAGUUACAUCCGCUUCCUGGUCGUCCCCAUCGGUUCUCAUCCUCUGGCCAAGUACGUGGCGUCGUUCGACAGCAGGUUCAACAGCAUCUUCAUGGACACGGCGUGGAGGGAACUGUUCUGCAGGACGGAACGGCCCGCCUCAGAUAACAUCGACGUAGCGGGACGGGUGGUCCAGUACCUGGUCGGCGCCAAUGUGUCCCACCAGUUCCCCAUCUCUGAAGCCAUGCUCACCUACAAACAGAAGAGGAAAAGAAGUUUGUAUUUUGAUUUUUACAUCAGCCCCGACGAGGACUCGUGUCAGAAGUUUGUGCCAUUCAUCGGGGUUGUCAAAGUUGGGAUUGUGGAGCAAAGUCUGUCGACUUCAGUCGACUCCGACGACGCCAUGGGCGCCAACACCAGCAUCCUGUCGUCCCCGACCCCCCCGGCGGCCGGUCCGUAUGGGAAGGAGAUCGGGGGGACUCCGCCCCAGUCGCCCUCCGUCUCCACCGCCUUAUCUGGAGCUGGAUCUCCAUGUUCAGGAAGUGAAGUGAUGGGUCUGCAGGUGGACUACUGGACGUGGCAGGGCCCCGAGAAGAAGAAGGAGGGCGACAAGAGGGACGUGGGCCUCAAGAACACCCUGAAGAGUAACUUCAGGUCCCUGCAGGUCAGCCGUCUGCCCUGUGGGGGGGAGCUGACCCCCCCGCCCAGCAUGGCCAUGACCGUGGUCACCAAGGAGAAGAACAAGAAAGUGAUUUUUCUCAGUAAAAAGCCGAAGGAGAAAGAGCUGGACUCCAAGAGCCAAGUGAUCGACGGCAUCAGCCGCUUGAUCUGCACCGCCAAACACCAGCACACCAUGCUGAGAGUCACCAUUGAUGGCGUCGAAUGGAACGAUGUCAAGUUUUUCCAGCUCGCCGCCCAGUGGCCGACCCACGUUAAGCACUUCCCGGUGGGGAUCUUCGGAUACACAAAGCCUGUGUGACCGUGGCCGCCGUCCGCCCGCCUCCAGAGGCCCCUCCCCUCAGAAGAGAAGCCGACUGGCCCCCCCGCCCGGUCCCGCCCACCCCCACCCGGCAGUAAUAGUUUUCCUGUGGAAAUCUGAACUGAGUCCCCGUGUCCGACACAGGUUCAUGUUAUGAUGUUUCGAUGUCGUUGUUGGUGUCGUCGUUUUUUUUGUUGUUUUUUUUACACACUACGAACAGAACAAGUAAUAUUUUGUAAAGUUUGUGCUCCCGCCUUGGAGCGAUGCGGAGGUCUUUGACAAAUUGCCACAUUUGGAUACUGGCAGCUGUGUUUGCACUUUGUUUUUGUUAUUAACAUGUUAUUAUUUCUGUGAAAUCCUACAUUUCUUGUGACUCUAUAGACGAUGGAGGCGUGUGAUGGUGAUGUGCAGUGGCGUGCGUGCGUGCGACCCUUUGAUUCCGUGCUUGUGUUUCGUCGUUGGAAGUUGGAAUAUUGCUGUGAAUCUCGAUGGAAUCCUUCUCUUUGAACUCAGUGCUCAGUUUUCUUACUUGUCCCUUUACUUUUUUCGACAAAGGUCAGCUUUUUGAGCAAAGAUGUUUCCUUUUGUCCCGGCUUCGAAACACAUGAAUAUAAACAAAAGUAUUAAGACAAUAAGAACUAAUGUCAUCUUAUAGUGAGGAUAAAACAGUUGAGUAUAUUUAGAGUUUAGUUUGGGAAAAUAAACCGUCUGAGUUACUCUACAAACUAAGAUAAUAAUUUAACCAAACUAAUGAUAUCUAUCCCAUAAUCUAAAACUCUAUUCUGACAUUAGUCCUUACUGUUUUGGAUCCCAGACCCCUGUUAGAACAGAAACACCUGGAUUCAACGGGUCCACAGACUGUGGUCUGUAUAUUGUACAUCAGAUCAGAACCGGUUUUGUGUUUGUUGAAUGUACGACACAUGAACCAUCAUUUAUCACCAUUCGCGUUUUAUGUCGAAGCAGCGAUAACGCCACAAAACCACCUCCUUCUGCCAAAUGUCGUUGCGUCUUUAUCGCAUUGAGGUUCGUGGUCUUUGACGCUGUUGGCCUUGAGGUUUGUGGUCUUUGACGCCGUCAGCCUCGAGGUUCACAGUCUUUGACGCCUUUCACCUUGAGGUUCGUGGUCUUUCACGCUUUUGACCUCGAGGUUCAUAGUCUUUGACGCUGUUGACCUCGAGGUUCGCAGUCUUUGACACCGUUGGCCUUGAGGUUCGCGGUCUUUGACACCGUUGGCCUCAAGGUUUGCGGUCUUUGACGGCUUUGACCUUGAGGUUUGCGGUCUUUGACAGUGUUGGCCUUGAGGUUUGCAGUCUUUGACACCGUUGGCCUCGGGGUUCACGGUCUUUGACACUGGUGGCCUCGAGGUUCGCAGUCUUUGACAUCUUUGACCUCGAGGUUCGUGGUCUUUGACACCGUUGGCCUUGAGGUUUGCAGUCUUUGACACUGUUGCCCUCAAGGUUCAUGGUCUUUGAUGCUUUUGACCUCGAGGUUCAUAGUCUUUGACGCCGUUGACCUCGAGGUUUGUGGUCUUUGACGCCGUUGACCUCGAGGUUCGCGGUCUUGACGGCAUUGAACUCAAGGUUCGUGGUCUUUGACGCCGUUCUCCUGCCCCUAUGGUGCUUCUUUGUGCCAAAGUCCAGUUGUUUUAAAGCUGACCCACCUGAGCUUCGACUCGGCCAAACAUCGGUGUUUAGAACCCGAAUCUGUGUCGCAGAAACUGACAGCGAAAAGUCAUGAUGCACAUGUGGAACGAACUGGAACAGAACGCAAGAACAGUCAAAUAUAUGAAGAUGGAACCAAACCCACAGGUUUGGCCGAUCAGAGCCUUUAAAACAGCAAUAGUUUGUCAAACAUCCUAUCGCUGGUCUUAGUCAGUAUUAUUAGAGUUACUCUGAAAAACAGAUGAAAUUGGAGCCACAUUUAAGAAUAAAAGACCAAUGUGUCCUUUUUAAUGUUUGAGUCGAUGGUAAUGUCGACAAAUAAACCACUAUGAUGAUUUCUGUCCAUUUUGAAGGCUGAGUUUUGCUCUGGGUUCAGGUUUUGGUGUUAAAUUAUUAGGAAAAACUCCAAACAAGAACAACCAUAAUAGAAAAGACUGAUUGAAGAUGAAAAGUCUGUGAUUUUCCUUCAUUUUAAAGAAAAUGGAUGCAAUCUGAGUUUAUUCUGCAAAAUACUAAUGUAAAAUAUAUGUGGACAAAAUAUAUAUGAUGAGUAUAUCAGCACAAUAUAUGAAUCUAUGGUAAUAACCUCUAGUUACACUGCGAUAGGCGUGUUUGUUGGCCCCGCCCCGGUCCAGCCCCGCCCCGCCCCCGGUCACUGCCGGUGUGUGUGUGUGUGUGUGUUGGACGGUACUGCCUCCGUUCCCUUCGACAAAUGGCCUUUGUGUGUGAGUCUGCUGAUGCUUUUAUAGGAUGGCGUUUUUUAAAGUAUUGUAUAUAAAUCUAUACAACCAGAUGUACUAUUGUGAACCGCAAACCCCACCCCCUAAGCCCCGCCCCCCCAGUAAACUGAAAGCACAAUAUAUCCGACCUUUAGCUCCACGUAAAUGCCAAAUAUUUCCACAACUCAUGACGAAGUCGUUCAAUGCAAACAAACACUAUGGGUGGUUUGACUUUGUAAAUGCACUUUGUGGUUUUUGGACCCAGGUUCUGUCGGACCGGGUCACACGUAGACCACUCCCUACAGACACGCCCUGCUUUGAUUUGGAUGCUGUGGUUUUUUUCUUUUCUUUCUUGGUUUCGAGGUCGUGACUCUGUUACUUCAUUUUUGCCGCUGCUUCUCGUUGUCGUUGAAUAAAAACAUCGAGCGGCGUCUUUCAUCGCAUUCGACCCGGAGUUUGUUUUUGUUGUUGUUUUUUUUUUGCCCUGGUUCUAGACGUAGCGCGGGUGGCGUUAAACCCCCGGGUCGACGAGCGGCGCGCUGGUGUGUUGGCCUGCAGCGCCUCUCGUGGCUCAUGGACACGCCCCCCAGUGUCUUUGCACAAACCCUCUUUAAAGACAUGACAGUAUUUGAACUUUACCACUAAAGACAUGGUUCGUCUGCAUGUUUGACCUUAGAUGUACAUAUGUUUUGGAUUUUUAUAUGGUUGGUUUCUUUCAUGCUCACAGGCAGUUGUGUUUAAUAAAGUUUUUAAUCUUCUGUA